AUGCCAACUCAUAACACCCAAAUUUCUUACGAUAAACCCAUAAUCGAGCUUGUCAACUACAUCUACAACCACCAGCUAGACGAAACCGACGAAGCAAUAUGGACUGCAGCAAGAACAGCCCUCCUAGACACGAUGGCCUGCGCAAUCUCAACAGCGAUGACGAGCUCCGACGCUAUUCAACUGAUUGCUCCUGUCGUUGAUACAGCUGUUCCGGAUGGGUUUCCCAUGCCGGGGACGAAGCUCGUGGUUGAUCCUCUAGCUGGGGCUUUUGGGUUGGGCGUUUUGAUACGGUAUUUGGAUUAUAAUGAUGCUUUGGGGGGUGUUGAGUGGGGACAUCCUUCUGAUAAUAUCGGCGCCAUACUUCCACUUAUGGAUUGGUUGUCUCGUUCAUCUGCUUCUGGGCGGAGGGUUCAUAAAGGCCCGCCGUUGACUAUGCAAACACUCUUAAUUGCACUGGUCAAGGCGUAUGAGGUACAAGGGUGUUAUCAAAUGCAGAACGCUUUCAAUGCCUAUGGGAUUGACCAUGUUGUACUGGUUAAACUGGCAUCAGCUGCCGUUGUUUCUUGGUUGCUUGGAUUAAGUCAAGAGCAAGCCAUGGCGACCAUUUCGAAUGUUUGGAUGGAUGGUCAUCCGAGCCGGGUGUACCGAUCUGGUGCUAAUACUAUCUUGAGAAAAGGUUGGGCGGCUGGCGAUGCGGCGAGAAGGGCCGUGCAGUUGGCUUUGAUUGUUGAACGAGGUCAGCCUGGGUCACCGGAAGCCUUGAGUGCGAAGCCGUGGGGAUUUUGGGAGCGGACUUUCGGCGAAACCGGCUUCAAGUUCCCGCGACCAUUUGGUUCUUGGACGGUAAAGAAUAUUUUGUUUAAGGUUAUGCCCGUCGAAGGACAUGCGAUCUCAGCAGUAGAAGCGUCUAUCUUGAACGGCCGGCGGUUUCGACAGCAAGGCCUGGCUGAUCCUCUUGGACAGAUCAAACGAAUCGAUCUUAGAACGACUGCUGCCGCGGAUUUGAUUGUGAACAAAAAGGGUACGCUGCACAAUGCUGCUGACCGUGACCAUUGCAUUCAGUAUGUUGUCGCCUUGGCUUUCUUGAAGCAAGAACAGCCAGAGGCUGCAGACUUCUUGGACAAAAGCCCCUGGGCAACCAGCGAAGAGUUGAAAUCGCUGCGAGAGAAGACCGUGGUGCGUGCUGACCUAGAACUCACACAGGAUUACUUCAAUCUGGACAAGAAGAGCAUUGGCGCAGGAAUGAUAGUUCAUCUUGUGGAUGGCUCCUCCAUGCCCGAAAUCUUAAUCGAGUACCCCCUGGGACAUGCAAAGCACCCUCAAACACCAGCAGCGGUACAGAAAAAGUUCUUCCAGAUCAUGGGUCAGAUGUUCUUGGCAACAGAGAUCGGUCGCAUAUUGGGUGCAGUUCAAAAGCCAGAUAUGCCAGUCUCAGACUUUGUGGAUCUGUUUGUUCAGAGGGGAAAAGCGAGACUGUAG